AUGAUCCGUUGUAUUGUCGUUCUGAGCGCGAUUUUUUCGCUCAUUUUCACCCAAGACGAUGUGGUCGAAGACACACAAUUCGCCACUUGCCAGAUAAACAGCACUGAGGUGCAAACGACGGCAAAUGCCACGGUUAAGAGGCAAUUGAAGGGCGUCUGCACUUAUAAGCAAAUUGAACUAAAGUUCCAAGAAUUGGAGGAAAAGCUUUUGGCUGAGCUGGGCAUAAUUAAGCAACUACUGGAGGGCGACGGUAAAACAGUCAGGACAAACGAUUAUUACGACUAUGAAGAGAGAAGUCUUAAAAUUGGGGGCCCUGUUUCCACCACCGAUGAUCCUAUUACAAGUGUGACCGAACAGGUCUUCCACACCUCCUCGUGGGUUCGUACAGAAAUCGAUCAUUUAAACAACACCAUUCAUGUCCACAAAGGCGAAAAACUGUUCGUUUAUUAUUGGGAAAUCCCCGAGAUUGACUCUAUCUUGCCCAAAAAUGGUGUCCACAUCAGAAGUGCCGAUUUUUACGUUUUGGGCCACCAGUUGUGUCUGCAGCUUUACCCGAAUCACCUACCCGAUUAUUUGGCCAUUCAGCUCAGACCUAGCAGCAAUUUUUUCAAGAAACACAAAUUCGCAAUUUUGGACCAUUUUGAUGGGAGUACGGAUAUAGUUUCGCAAGUUUUUGGUGGCGUGGGCAGCUAUGAGGCCUUGUACAAGGUUCCCUACGCGAAAUUGCAAGAAAGGAACUACCUACAUGAUGAUAAGCUUGUAAUAAAGUUGACCAUUUUUCUCAACUCUUGAAUAAAACGUUUAAAACACGA